CAAUAUAUAAACGCCCCGGGCUCGUCGCCCUCCCACGACCAACAAGCUUGAUUCAAGCAUCGAAUCAAUACAUUCAAGCUCUCACUCUUCAACGAAGCGCAACCAUGGGCCUACCAGACGCAGACAUUUUCCCUCACGCCACUGGCAAGGCGUCGGAGGUGGUGGCCAAGCAUCAGUCAGAAGUUGGACCGGAAGGAAUCAAGUUCUACGCGGGAUGGUUCUGUCCCUACGUGCAAAGGACAUGGAUCGCCCUGCUAGAGAAGCAGAUUCCGUUUCAAUACAUCGAGAUUAAUCCUUAUCACAAGGAUCCUUCCUUCCUGGCAAUCAACCCCAAAGGUUUGGUGCCGGCGAUCGAGUCCCAAGGAUCGACGCUGGCCGAGUCCAACAUCCUAAUCGAGUUCCUCGAAGACUUUGCUGAUGGGAGCAAUAGCAAGUCGAGCAGGAAGCUGUUGCCUGCUGCACCUCAAGCUAAAGCUGUGGCCAGGAUGCACAUCGAUCAGAUCAGCAAGAAGAUCGUGCCUGCUUGGUUCAGGACCAUCCAAGCUCAAGACUCGCAAGCACAGGCGCAGGGAAGGAAGGAUUACACGGAUGCCCUCAAAGAAUGGGCUACGUAUAUCGAUGACGACAAGCUCCACAAUGGUCCUUUCCAUGGAGGAGACGAGCUUGAUGCAGUCGAUAUCAACCUUGCUCCCUUUGUUGCUCGCGAGUAUCUCAUCGAGAAGCAUCGCGGCGGACCGAUCACAGCAGAGGAAACGGGCGAGACGUAUCAAAUAUGGCGCAAGGCGAUCCUCUCUCAUCCUUCAGUCGUCAGCACGACGAGCGACAAGGAGAACUACGAGCCUAUUUACGGACGUUAUCUGCGGGACGAGGCGCAGAGCGAGGCCGCGCAAGCUACAAGAGCUGGUCGAGCAAUUCCUUAGCCUGUGUGCCGGGUCUUGACGCAUGCAAAUGGGAUGAUCCUUUCCUGCUACUUGACCCCGCUUGAUGUGGCGAAGAGCAGUCAGCUCUGGCCGAAGGGCAGCAGGCAGUCGAGCGUCAUGGCCAUUGAAAGGUUACAAAGACGUGCCCGCAUCCAGC